CUAAAUUUUUAGUCUUCCCUCCAUCAUUUUCUAGAGAAUACCACCAAAUCUCUUCACCAAAUUUCUUACUAUUUUUAAGAAAUCCGUAAUAUAUGUUUAUCUUUUUCUAAUCUUUCUCCAAUUCAGAUUUCACUUCAUUUUGCUGAAUAUCCCACCAUAAAUAGUUAUGAUUUACGAGUAUCAUCUUGUAGAAUAUCUCGCUUGAAAAUUUCCCCAAUUUUUCCAAAUUAGCCUGCCAAUUUUUUGUAUAAAUAGCCAUGAAGCAAAAUCAAUUUCUUUACGGGUACUCCCAUCCUCUUAGUCACUUUUUAUUUGAUCUGCUUUGUCAUUCCUCUAUCAGUAAGUUUUUAUUACCCUAUGUGAGAUGAAUAUGCAAGGCAUUUGUUUUGGAUUAUUAUUGCAUGUCAUUCUUGAAUCUAUAUAUCUGUUGCUGAAAAUUUCUAUAAUCCUCUAUUACUUUAUAAACUCUGAUUUGUGGCACUUUAAUAUGCUAUAACAACAAUACUUUUUUUUGUUUACUUUAUUGAUGUGAAUUUUAAAUAAAAAUAUAUACUCUGUACUAUUUAAUGCUUAGUUUUUUAAUUACUGGUAUAUGUUUACAGAGGCUUAGAGAUUUAUUGUCAUCAAUUUUCUUUCAUCUUUGUUGUAAAAGAGUUUGAUACUAAUUAAUGUAGAUAUUAGCUUCUAUUCUUUGCUUUGAUUUCCAUGGCAUCUCAUCUUCAAAUGAGCCAAAUUGUGGGGUAUGAAACUGCCAGAAGAAUCCCUGAGCAGCAACCUAUACUCGUUCAUCAAGGUGCAGGCAACAAUCAUAGAGGCCAAAGAAAUGCUUCUUUUGUUAACAAAGCAACAUGGAAUCAACUCCUAACUGAAACUUUCAUAAGGAUUUGUGUGGUUGAAUUGGAAGAAGGGAAUAGACCAGGGACACAUUUUAAUAGAGUGGGUUGGGAAAAUACUGUGAAAAAAUUCAACACUGAAACAGGCCGUCAGUACACGUGGUUGCAACUCAAAAAUCGAUGGGAUAAUCUAAAAAAGGAAUGGUUUGCGUGGAGGUCAACAACUGAGAAUGAAACUGAGCUUGGAUGGGAUAAUCAAAGAAUGACAGUGGAUGCUGAUGGUGGAUGGUGGGAACGAAAAGUCAUGGAGAAUCCGGAUGCUGCCAAAUUCAGGGAGAGAGGGCCAAUACUUGUCAAUGAACAACGAAUGCUAUUUUCAGAUGUUGUUGCAACUGGUAACAAUGCCUAUGUUCCCGCAGCAGGAUUGAUGUCUGAACACAUGAUGGAUGAAGUUGAUAAUGAGCAACCUGAGUUAAAUGCAUCUAAUGUUGAAGAAAGUAACAUGUCUCAAGGGGGUGUCCCAAGUUCCAGUGUCACACAACCAACAAUGGGCAAGAAUCCAUUUUUGCCCAUACACCUCAAUAAGAAGAAACGAAAAUCUUCUGGUGCUGAUAAGAUUGUGCAGUGCUUGGAGAGGAUGGUUGACUCGGUUGAAGGAGAUAAAGGAAGCAACUCUGCUGAGCGUUACUCUAUUCAAAAUUGUUUGAAUGUACUUGAUAAAAUGGAAGCGGUUGAAGCUGGAGGGCAUCUUUGGAUGUUUGCUACACGUCUCUUCUUGAAGCAAGUACUAAGAGAAGUAUUUAUAGGGAUAAAAAAUGAUGAACUUAGGUUCAAAUGGCUUGAGGAACAAAUGGAGCAGGACUUCUUUCGUAGGAAAGAACGUCAAAUUUAAACUCUUAUUUUUAGUUUUUCUGAUUUAGUUUUGUGGCAGUACUUAGUAUGCAUUUGGAUAUUGCUCUAAAUUGGUUAAGUUCAGUAAGAUUAUAUUGAAUUUAUCGUAGUUGUGGUCAACGAGGUAUAUGAAUAUAUGCUUUCGUUUUUUGAUGUUAUAUCUGCUCUCUAUGUAUGUUGGUUUUAAUAUAUUGAUUGGUGAUAAGAUUUUUUAUUUUUUAAUCAUAAGCAGAUAUGUCUGAUAUGGAGAAUGAGUUAAGCAGUGAUGAGCAUUCUGAUGGUGAGAUAGGAGAAUCAGUCAGCCUUGAAUCAAUUGAUUUGGAUUACAAUAUAGAUUCUGAAAGUGAAGUUUCAUUUGCACAACAUAAUGAAGAUAAGAGAAAACUUAUCUUAAAAUCUAUGAUGAUGGCAAGUAUGCAAUACUAUGUAAAUUACAUGCACAAAGAGCCUUGCCAUGAUAGAAAAUACAGUGGGUGGUCAGCCUUGAUGAGUUUAUUAAAUGGACAUCGUAGCAGGUGCUAUGAGAACUUAAGAAUGCAUAAGCAUGUGUUCUUCACUCUUUGUGAAGUCUUGGUUCAGCACUAUGGCCUUAAGGGCACCCGUGAAGUGUGUGUUGAAGAAAUGCUUGCCAUCUUCCUUAUGAUUGUUGGUCCGCAAGCUGGUUACUAACAAUUAAAGAAACACUACAACGUUCUUCUUAUACUAUCGGUAAGGCAUUUCACAAAGUGUUGAAAUGUGCAACAAGAAUGUCUAUUGACUGGGUUUGUCCGUUUGAUACACAUGAACGCACGCACCCAUAUGUGAAAGACAAUUCUACAUAUUAUCCACAUUUCAAGGAUUGUAUUGGUGCAAUUGACGGAACUCACGUUAAAGCGAUUGUACCCGAGGAAAUGAAGAUACCAUUCAUUGGGCGUAAGGGAACUCCUACCCAAAAUGUGCUCGCUGUAUGUGAUUUUGACUUGUGUUUCACAUACGUCUUGCCAGGAUGGGAUGGUAGUGCACAUGACACGCGGAUAUUUUAUAAUACUAUUAGAGAUCACAAUAAGAAGUUCCCCAUGCCACCAUCAGGAAAAUAUUACCUGGUAGAUGCUGGUUACCCAAACAUUCCAGGAUUCCUUGCCCCGUACAAGGGACAUCGAUAUCAUCUUCCAGAUUUCCGACGUUCAAGUAGAUAUAAUAAUCAUUAUGAAGCUUUCAACCAUAUACACUCGUCCUUACGGAUGUGCAUUGAGAGAAGUUUUGGAGUAUGGAAAGCAAAGUGGGCUAUUCUUGACAAAAUGCCCGUUGGUAUACCGUUUGCAGAUCAAGUUGCUCUUGUUCCAGCCACUAUGGCACUUAAUAACUUUAUACGAAGGCAUGAUGCCCUAGAUGAUGACUUUCUUCGCUUCAAAGAUUAUGAGCCCGCUCAAUUCACAAGGAUGACAUCUCAAGAUCAAAACAAUGACAUUAACAUGAAUAAAGUUCGAGACAACAUUUGUGCAUCUAUAACUUUUAGUCGGAUUGGUGUAUCAAUGUUUUAAUUCAAAUAUGUAGUGACUUUCAUUAUAAUCUUUAAGUUAUACUUCAAGCUUUCUACACGUGCUUAAUUAUUAUUUUUGCAAGAUGAUAUCAUAAAGUUGAAGCAAAUUG